AUGGCUGGUGAAGAAUAUUGGCCAGUGACAAACCAUCAGCCUAUUAGACCCCCUAAGUAUCACAAGCAAGCUGGGAGACCAAGGAUGCUCAGAUGUAGGGAGCCAGAUGAGGUGAAUGGAGAAGGUGAUCUAAGGGGGCAAACUUCAGCAAAUCCAAGCCAACAACAGUCACAGACAAAUGGAGGAAAUAGGACAAGUGAAACCUCAGCAAAUCAAGCACACUCUGUACCAAGAGGAAUACAAUCUGCACGAAAUAUGUCUGAAUCCAAUGCACAAGUCUCAAACCCAAGUUCUUCUUCUACAAGAGCAAGCACAAUGAAAACCAAUACCAAGUCUUAUGCCAAGAAGAAUAACGUAUGGAAACCAUAA